AAGUCAUCUAAAAAAUCACUUGUAUGGCACUUGAGAUUCCACGUAAACACUCCCUCCUCAUCUCUCCCUCUCUCGCCCACCAUGCACCGUCUUGAAUCGUCAUGGGAAGCCCCAUUUGCUACCUCCCUCCCUCUCCUCUUCCACCUCACCACCACCACCACCACCGCACUUGUAACUCUCUUCAAAAACUAAUCCUCACCCGCCGCUCCUUUCUCUUCCUAUCCACCACCGUCUCCCUCCCAACCCCAAUCUCAUCCGCCAUCACUCCACCACCACUAGACACCACCAUAACAGACAGAGUUUUCUUGGAUUUCAGCAUCUGCUCAUCGUACUUCCAAAACCGAACACUCGGAGAUGACCUCUCUCAGUGCACAGAUUCCCAACCAUUAGGCCGCCUUGUUCUUGGCCUCUAUGGCAAUCUUGUCCCCAUAACAGUGUCCAACUUCAAAGCCAUGUGCACUGGCUCUUCUGGCUCAUCCUACAAGAGCACUUUGGUCCAAAAAAUAUUCCCGGGACAGUUCUUCGUGGCCGGUCGACAAGGCAGGAGGGAUAAAGGAGAGGUUAAGCCACCCUUGCAAUUAGUUAAGAACUCAGAAACAGUUGAUUCUAAGGCUUUUUUGUUGGAACACUCAAGGGCUGGUGUUGUUUCAUUGUGUUUAUCAGAGAAUGAUGAUGAUGAUGAUAUUAAGCUCAACCCAAAUUACCAUAAUGUUGAGUUCUUGAUCACAACUGGACCUGGACCUUGCCCUCAGCUUGAUAAUAAGAAUAUAGUUUUUGGAGCUGUUCUUGAAGGGUUGGAUGUGGUGAGCACUAUAGCUUCAAUUCCUACUUACAAACCAUCAGAAAGAAUCAGGCAAUACAAUGAUUUUGCAGAGUUUAUUGGAGAUGGAAGAGCCAAAAAUGCUCGUGCAAUAUGGAAUAGGCCCCUUGAGACUGUAUAUGUAAGUGACUGUGGAGAAGUUAAGGUUGUAAAACCUACGCUUACUCCUACUCUACCUUAGGGAGGAAUCUGUUCGAGGAGGGACUUGCGUCUUAUUAGCUAGUUGGUGAGGCAAUAGCUUUAUCGAUAAAAUGAUCAAUAUCUGGUACAAAAGAAUGAUCAUUAUACUGCUACUUGUUUGUUUAGGUUCGAUGCAUGUGCCCAUUAAUUAUAUACAUUCUUAAUUUGUAAUACGCACAUAUUUUUGUUCAAUCCAAGAUUUAAAUAUUAUACCUGCUACCCUUUCUCCUAUCACACCUUAAUGUAUGAUGCUAUUUGUUUAUUUAAGUUUUACUCAGGAUGUAAUUUUUAUA